AUAAUUUUAGGUGUCAGCUGGUGCAGGAAGUCCCCCUGUCUCCUCAUGGUCAUCAUUCUUUUCAUAUUCCCACAUCAUCUUCCCUUCUCCUUCGACCCAUCUGAAUGCCUUCCAGUGUUCUGGAAGCAUUCUAGAACCAUGUCCUGGCAGAAGUCCAGAAGGUUUUGUUUGCAAUGACAUUCCCAAAAGAGCCACAAAGGUGGAACACUACUCUGGGGGGGAUUAGGACCACCGAGUGAAAAGGUGACGCUGACAGACGGAUGGUGGAGGGGGUUUCCGUUGGCCUGACCCAAAGGAGGGUGGGCGGGCCAGUGGCGUGGGUGGUAUUUUUAGGAUCGGUGGUGAUCACUUGUUGUAAUGGUUGUCUGACGUCCAUGUCAUUUCUUCUUCUACCUCACUGGAGGUGGACACCUGCCCACCCUCGCUCUCCUUGUACACCCAUGAUCACACCCACUCUGCCAGAUGUAGGUGGAGUCUGUUGAUCCAUGUGCCCACUUUGGGGUGGACCUCCUGCUGUAGAGGUGCGCUCACUCCUCUCUUCUCCCUGAUCCCCCUUCCCACACUCGCUCUCUGUCAUUUGUCCUCGCGGGUCAAGCCGGCUCCAACACAAACCAACAUGGCCGACAAAGCACUGGGUGGCGAUGACUCUGGAAGCAUUGUGGCGCUGCUGGAGCGUGUGGCGGGUCUCAUGGACAGCGUGCAGGUGACGCAGCAGCGCAUGGAGGAGCGUCAGCUAGAGCUGGAGAGCACGGUGAAGAGCAUCCAAGCCAACGUGCUCAAGCUUACCAUGGAGCACGCCGCCAGCAGCAGCACGGUGGAGAGGCUCCUGGAGAAGACCCGCAAGGUCAGCAGACACAUCAAGGACGUACGGGUCCGUGUGGAGAACCAGAACCUGCGCGUGAAGAAGGUGGAGGCCACCCAGGGAGACCUCCUGGCCAAGAACAAGUUCAGGGUGGUUAUCUAUCAGGGUGACCAGGAAGUGAGGGCCAUCACACCAGGCAAUGAGCCAGCCGAACAAGGUGCUGACGGCGAGGACGAGUCCAACAAGUUUGAGCUCCCACCCGAUUCGGACGAGGAGUACAUGGUGGUGGAGGAGGCGGACUCGGCAGCGGCCGGGCGCAUGAAGAAGACGGGCCUGACUCGCAUCGAGAGCUUCAAGGCCACCUUCUCCAAGGAGAACAUGAGCAAGACUCGUGAGAACCUCGGUACCAAAGUCAACAAGCUGGGCGAGCGCAUUGUGACGGCCGAAAGACGUGAGAAGAUCCGCCAGUCGGGCGAGAGGCUGAAGCAGACCAUCGCCAAGAGUGUCCCGGCCAAGCUCAACCUGAAAAAGGAGAGGACUGUGGCAGAGGGCCAGGAAGGGGCUGAGGGCGCCGAGGGAGCUGCGCCUGUCCCGCCCCCCAAGGGCCGUCGGAGCACCCCCGACACCGCCAAGGCGGAAGGCGGGGCAGAGGAGUCAGAGGUUCCUGUGUACGACAUGAAGCAGCUGUCGUAGCCAACGAGGCAAAGAGCGAGGAAGGAGGAGCACAAGGGAGACAAAGGACCCGUUCGAGUGAAAGAUGCGAGCGGCCGGCAGACCGUUUGCGAUCCAAAAUGAUCCGGUGAGAGAUUCAGGACAGUCUUGAUCGAAUCAGCAUCUGUGUUGACUUUGACAAGAACACUAUUGUUUUUACGCCACCGCUGGCUGUGCAUGUCGUUGGCUCGGACCUGCUGUAGGAGAACAACACGGGGGCGGUCCGUUUGUGUACCGAGAUGAAAAUGAAAGUGAGGAUGAAUAAAUCGGACCUGCAAGCAACAA